UAAUCUUCGAAUCGAGUUAUUCCCCUUUGUUGACUCUCUCGUUUUCUCCGGAUUGUCAAAUCAACAAAACCACGUGAAACUGACAGUUGAUAUAAAUAUGUCCGACGAUGAGGAUGAGAUGCCUGACCUCGUGCCAGCAGAGGUCAAACGGGUACCAAUAACAGUGAUCACCGGAUUCUUAGGUGCAGGGAAAACAACUCUUCUAAACUACGUUUUAUCUGAACAACAUGGAAAGAAGAUUGCUGUCAUUAUGAAUGAAUUUGGUGAAGGUGAAUCUGUGGAGAAGUCCAUGUCUAUCGGACAGGAGGGAGAACUCUAUGAGGAGUGGCUGGAACUCCGCAAUGGAUGUCUGUGUUGUUCUGUCAAAGAUAAUGGUGUGAAGGCCAUUGAGAAUUUGAUGACAAAGAAAGGCAAGUUUGACUAUGUCCUGUUGGAGACGACAGGAUUAGCGGACCCAGGUCCUAUUGCUUCCAUAUUUUGGCUGGAUGAAGAGCUCUGCAGCGACAUAUUUUUGGAUGGUAUUAUCACUAUGGUUGAUGGCAAAUACUGCAGUCAGCAUCUGAAGGAGAAAAAGGAAGAUGGAUCUGUGAAUGAAGCAACAAGACAGAUUGCCUUGGCUGAUAUUAUUGUAUUAAAUAAAACGGACCUCAUCUCUGAUAUAGAGUUGGACUCUCUGAAGCAACAGAUCAGAAACAUAAAUGGCUUUGCAAAGAUGAUUGAGACUUCUAUGUCAAGAGUCAACCUAGAUCAAAUUUUGGAUUUGAAUUCUUACGAUGGAAAAAGUAAAAACAGCAUGGAAGAAGUUUUUACACAAAGGGGAUUUUCCCAGGAGAACAAGCAUGUCAUUGAUCAGAGUGUGACGACCUUGACCUAUGAGUUCCAGGGACAUGUUGAUCCCAAGCUUCUGGAGAAAUCUUUACAGGAUCUGCUGUGGGAGAAAAUGGUCAAAGACUCCAACGGUCAGGUCAUUGAAAUAUUUCGCCUUAAGGGUCUGCUGUCAACACCAGGUGACCCUAACAAACUUGUGGUCCAGGCUGUGCGAGAACUGUAUGACACAUUCCGGGCGUCACCAUGGCAACAGGGUGAGAAAAGGGUCAACAGACUAGUCUUUAUAGGUAAAAAUUUGGAUAGACAGGUUUUAGAAGAUCUCUUCUCAACAUGCCAGCUAGAAGACAGAUGACAUAUGAAAGGAAUAUAGUUCGUUAAAUUAUAUUGAAAUUACAUUGUACUUAUACUAUUAUUUACAUAAUGUCAUUGAUGUCAAUAUAGGAUGACACUGAUAUCAGUUGUAGCAGGAAUCUCCCUAUGGCUAUACAGUUACGUUUACACGGUUAUAAUGUACAAAAUGUUUUCUCAAGUAUACUAGAUUGUGGGAGGUAUAGCAGUCAUUCUAUGUCUGUAAAUAGUUGUCCUGGAACAUGCUUUUUUACUGUCUUCGUUAGAGAAAAACGCUUUGAUUAUCAAAUUAAAUGUAUCUGAUAUUAAUUUCUAUUACACCGUUAGAAAUUUUUACAUUUUCCGUGGACAUACAAGGUUUGCAGUAUGAAUGUAUAUCCCACUCUCCCACUCUCUUAGGUCACAGUCCAGACUUUCUCUGCCAUGGCAAUAGGGUGUUUAAAGCUUUAUAAACAUGCCUUGAUAUCACAUACUUCCUUGAGGCCCCCUAAAGCUGAGCUUUGGGUCAUAACUCAAGAACUAAAGCUCAGUGUCAAAAAUUUGUUAUGACAAACAAAACAUCUCUUCUCAGUGACUGAAGUUGAGGCUAAAAAGCUGAGGCUGCUCAACAGCAGACUUAAGUACGAACUCAGAGUCAGGAACGCGAUGUUUACAAUAAAAAUGGCAUAAGGAGGCAAAGGGCCAGGCGUCGUCAGAGCCAGCGUCCAGUACAGAGUAUUAUUGUCAUAAAAGAGAAGAUCCAUUUGAAGAUUUGACAGGUGAUGUCUGUUUUUCUUGAUUUUGGUUUCGUAGAAAAAACAUCUUUUUCUCGCACAUAUGUUGUCAGUAAGCAAACAUUUGAGUGUUCGAAAGGUGAAACAGAUGUAUUAAGCUAGAGCUGUUCUCAAAAUAUAGAAACAAAAUAUAGCUCUGUUAGCAGACCUAUAUGUCCUCCAGUAAUUGUGAGUUUCUACUUUCUAAUGCAAAUGUUUCACCAGAACCAAAUCAUCAAUGUAUAUUAUACUAUCACUCAUGAUGAUCAAUACAAGUUUAAUUUUCUAUGACUCAUGAUGAUCAGUACAAGUUUAAUUUUCUAUGACUCAUGAUGAUCAAUACAAGUUUAAUUUUCAAGAUUAUUUUUUUUGUCAAUGAAAAUAAUGCUCAUAUAAGCAAAUACGACCAAUUGAAAAAAAUAUAGAACUAAAAUUGAAAAAAUUUACAUGUCUUGACUUAGUCUCGACAAUUAUAAUUUCAUUGUUAUGUUGAAUAUGGAACUUAUUGUGUGAUCUUUCUAAAUAAAUAUUUUGACCAUU